AUGCUGCCCCGUCAAUUUGAGUCGCGGGCUGCCCCGCCGGGUAGUCGCGCUGCCGCCAUCCGUCCAAAAGCUACCGGUUACCGCCGGUCACAGGGGAAUCCCUGUCUUGAUUUCUUCUUCCAUGUCAUCCCCGACACGCUGUCCGAGACCCUGACCGAGCGCCUAAAGUUCGCGUGGGAGCAUGACCCGCUGAAGGCCCUGAAGCUCGUCUCCAACCUCCGUGUGAACACUCCAGUCAUAGAAGAAAAAGAAAAUGUGUGGGAGCUUCUGGGGAAAGCUUUUAGGCUUUUAGUUGUCCUCAAUAUCCACCCUUUCAAGAGAGUGGACCUGGGUUUAGCUACAGUUCUGGCUUUUAGAAGGCUGGCUACAUGGAAGCCUUCUUCAGCCGCUAGCUCCGUGAGCACUCCUUACCUUAAGGAUUGCUCAUCUGGUUCUCCUCUCUUUGGAAGCGUAGUGACACCCUAG